AGUGCAAGAUAAAAGAAUUAAAAAAUUCGGAGCGCGCUUACUCCGGUCAACGUUGCUUCGGCUGAACCCCGACGUCUCUCCGUUGAACUUGCCGCUACAAAUCAAAGAUGAACUCUAUGACAACUCUGAAGAUGAAGCUCAAGGAACUUGAAGAGAUUGAGAAGGAGGUCGCUUCAGCGCUUCAGAGUGCAGGUCAGGCUUGCCUCGAACUUAGUCGGGAAAAACCGAGCAUGAAGCAAGUGGAGUCAAAUACUUCGAGCUUUCUGACUACACUACAGAAUGUCGAAGCUGCUCUGACAAAACAUAUACUCUAUCUCACGCAAGUUUCCACUGUACAACCGCAUGAAGGCUCAAGCUACGCAGCGCAGAAAGUAUUUCACAUGGCUCUUCAUCGACUUGAGCAUGCACGUUCACGCAUGAAUGAACUAGAACGCUUACGCCACCAGCAAGACCAGCCACCUCCGAUGCAGCAGCAAAUGCAACAACCACAACAGGAGCAAGAUUCUUAAAACGUUGGGUGGAUGUGGUGUGUGUGCCUUUUUCUUGUGGUGGUGCUUACCCGUCCUUCAUUGUGAGGAUGGCUUGUGAUGUGCGUGCUUCAACGAAAGUGAUCUGUGUCAUAAACACGAGGUUAGUGUGAAAAAGUGGCAGUGUGCCAUUGGGACUUGUACACGUGAAGGAAACAAACAUUCAUGUUAGUCCGGCUACCUGGUGUUCUAAGCCUCACUUGUGAACAGUGCCGAAUUCAUCACCAUACUCCUUUUUAAAUCCUUAUGAUUGUGUGUUUGCAAGAGCCAGUUUUCUUUUAUUUAACCAAACAAUCCAAGAAGUUGUAUGGCUUCACUGUUCAUGCGAAUUUAAUUUACACAGCAACCUACUAUCCCAAGCACAUUUCAUUACUUGACAGCCUAC